CGUCACUGCGUAAGUCGCGAGCAGGACUGCGGCUGCCUGACAGCAACAAAAACAACAAUAACAACAAUAAGAAGAUUCCAGGCGCGACGUGACAGCGACAGUAAACAACAUGUUGUUGUUUACAUAACUCAACAUUUUGGCCUUCUGCUCCUCCGAGUACAAUUUUGCCCCUUUUUUCCGUGGCAGACACCCCGCCAGUCGAGCAUCAGACGCGGCCGUGAGGUGACACGACAUCCCGGUGCUGCAUUUGGCUCAGUAGGCCUCGCCGGUUGUUGUUGUUGUUUGUUGUUGUUUGUUUGUCGUCUUCUUCUUCUCGGUGCGAGGCUAACAUGCAAGCUAACGGGGACGAGCCGUGCAGGAACGGAACCCAGAACGGAGAACCCGCAGCGGCUCGUGCCAACGGACUGUCGGUCAGCAACAACAACAACAACAACGGCAGCGGCAACAACAACAACAACAACAAGACAACAACAACAACACCCGCAGACAGCAAAUGUUUUGUCAAGAAGAAGAAGUGCUUGUCUCAGUGCGAAGAUGACGUCAUCAGACUCAUCGGACAACAUUUACACGAUUUAGGACUCAAUCAGACGGUGGACCUCCUGAUGCAAGAGUCUGGCUGCAGGCUGGAACAUCCGUCCGCCACCAAGUUUCGCAACCAUGUGAUUGAAGGAGAAUGGGACAAGGCUGAGAGUGACCUCAAUGAGCUCAAGGCACUGAUGCAUUCUCCUACUGCUAUUGUGCGCAUGAAGUUCCUGCUGCUGCAGCAGAAGUACUUGGAGUUCUUGGAAGAUGGCAAAGUCCUGGAGGCUCUGCAGGUCCUCAGGGCCGAACUCACUCCUCUCAAGUUCAACACCGAGCGCAUUCACGUGCUGAGCGGGUACCUGAUGUGCAGCCAUGCUGAGGACCUGCGAGGCAAGUCCGACUGGGAGGGCAAAGGUACCGCGUCCCGAAGCAAGCUGCUGGACAAACUCCAGACUUACCUGCCUCCGUCAGUCAUGCUGCCUCCACGCCGACUGCAGACUCUGCUCCAGCAGGCGGUGGAGCUGCAGAGGGAGCGCUGCUUGUACCACAACACCCAGCUGGACCUUGGACUGGACUCUGUGUCUCUGCUGCUGGACCACGGAUGCAGCCGGAAACAGUUCCCGUGUUACACUCAGCAAAUACUGACCGAACACUGCAACGAAGUCUGGUUCUGCAAGUUCUCCAACAACGGCACAAAACUGGCGACCGGUUCCAAAGACACAACCGUGAUUAUUUGGCACGUUGACCCGGAAAGCCGGCAGCUGAAGUUGAUGAAAACUCUGGAGGGUCACGCUUACGGCGUCUCCUACUUGGCGUGGAGCCCCGAUGAUUCCUACCUGCUAGCCUGUGGUCCGGACGACUGCUCGGAGCUGUGGCUGUGGAAUGUCCAGACGGGGGAGUUACGCACCAAGAUGAGUCAGUCACACGAAGACAGUCUCACCAGUGUGGCGUGGAAUCCAGAUGGCAAGCGCUUCAUCACGGGUGGGCAGAGAGGCCAGUUCUACCAGUGUGACUUGGACGGGAACCUGCUGGACUCCUGGGAAGGCGUGCGGGUGCAGUGCUUGUGGUGUUUGAGCGACGAGCGCAGUGUCCUGGCGUCCGACACGCACCAGCGCAUACGUGGAUACAACUUUGAAGACCUGACCGACAGGAACAUAGUCCAGGAAGAUCAUCCCAUCAUGUCCUUCACCGUCUCCAAGGAUGGACGACUUGCUCUGCUUAAUGUGGCCACUCAGGGCGUGCACCUGUGGGACCUGCAGGACCGGGUGCUGGUGAGGAAGUACCAGGGAGUGACCCAAGGCUUCUACACCAUCCACUCCUGCUUCGGAGGCCACAAUGAAGACUUCAUCGCUAGCGGCAGUGAAGACCACAAGGUCUACAUCUGGCACCGCCGCAGUGAGCUGCCCAUCGCCGAGCUGAGCGGGCACAGUCGCACGGUCAACUGUGUCACCUGGAACCCCGUCCUGCCCGGACUGCUGGCCAGCGCCUCCGAUGACGGCACCGUCAGAGUCUGGGGCCCCGCCCCUUUUUUGGAGGUCCAGGAGGCAGAGGGACUCAAUGAUUGUUGCGUCAUGGACAGCUGAUCAGUGUUGUCAUGUUUGUUUACGUUGCCGUGACGAUGCCCAGACUCUGUUGACACUGCAAUGGCAGAAGCUCUGCUGAUUGGAUGGCCGCUUCCUGGAGGCGGGACCAGCACCUUCAGGAUGUCACAGCGAUGCUGACCUGGAUCGCAUUAAUGGCGCUCACACUCUGACGUCCGCCUCCUGAUUGGCUCGUCACGUAGGACCACCUAUUUAUUACCACACACACACCCUUUAUUUACUCUGUGUGUGUGCGUGUGUGUGUGUGUGUGUGUGUGUGUGUGUGUGUGUGUGUGUGUGUAAAACAUCGUCUGUUUAACAGAAGAGACUUCAUGUUUUCACUUUCUAGUAUUUCUAACGCAGGAUCGCACAAAAUGACGUGUUUGAUGGUGUCAUUGCACCUUUUCUGUCUCCUGGUGUGGGUUCCUACACUCCUCCUUGUAGGCUUCAUCUGCUUGUGACGUGUAUCUAUUUAUACACAUACACAAGUAUAUAUAUAUACACACACACACACAUAUAUAUAUAUAUAUAUAU